GGAGAGACAGAGGCAGGAGCGCCGGCGAGAAGCUAAGCUAAAAUAGUCCAUUUUCAGCUGGGUUAUUCCGAUUUUUACACCGGUUUUCCGCACAACACACGAGUGUAUCCGUUUCCGAAAAAUCUGAGCUAUCGGGGAAUAUUUUAAGCGCGCGGCUAAUAAGCAGUGGUGCACGUUUAUUUGGAUAAACCUCUCGUGCGCUGCUAGCUUAGUCAGCAGCGGUUAGGCGCCAGUUCUGUUUGACAACAGCGCUUCUCCGUCACAUCCCCGCCGGUGGUGGUGGUGUUGUUGAUCUCCAAAUCCAGUCAGCAUGGCAGAAUUUCUGGAAGACCCGUCGGUUCUCACGAAAGAUAAGCUGAAGAACGAGCUCACUGCGAACAAUGUGCCACUUCCCAGCGGAGAGCAUAAGAAAGAAGUGUACGUGCAGCUGUAUUUGAAGAACUUGACCGUACUGAACAACAAGAGUCCCCCAACAGACACCUUCUCCAGCGACGAGGAGCUGCCUGCACCUGUCGUGUCCAACAAAAGUCGCUCCGGAAGAAAAGCCACCAGAAAGACAGACAAGCCUCGCACGGAGGAAGUGACAGAUCUCACUGAUGAAGAUUUAAAACAGCAGCUGGCGAAGCAUGGCGUAGACUCGGGUCCCAUUGUUGCUUCAACCCGUAAAGUGUAUGAGAAGAAGCUGCAGAAGCUGUUGGACCAGCCUCCAGCAGAGUCUGAAGCUCCUGCUGAAGUCACAACUCUCCCCAAGGCAGACAGCAACCAGAACGGCAACACAAAUUCUGACCAGUACAGCGACAAAGAAGAUGAGGAGAUCGCUGCACCGGAACCAGAGCCAAUCCCUGUGGUUGAGAAACCCCUUAGGAGCAGAGGAAAGUCCACUCCGGUCACAGUCAGAACCAGCAGCAGACGACAAGCCAAGGUGGUGGAGGAAAUCGUCAUUGAAGAGACCCCUAAAAAGACCAGCGAGAGUGUUGUGGAAGAUAUCCUUGCCAAUGAAAUAAGCACACCAACAGGCAUCAGUGCAACCUGCAGGCGCCCAAUCAGAGGGGCGGCUGGACGGCCUGUGAAACCAAGCGAUUACUGGCUGGAUGAGUCACAAGUGAAGCACAGUGUCCUCACUGAGAGUCGCUCCUACUCCGAAUCUUUCAGCAGACAGGGCAACACCAUCUCAUCCAGCAAAGCACCCGUCCGGCGAGGCUUCCUGUCCCUGUUGCUCAAGCUCCUGAUCCUCGUCGUGGUGGGCGGUUCUCUCUACUACGCCUACCAGAACCUCGAUUCCAGCCAGGUCGACACCCUCAAAGGGCUCCUGGACAGGGUGGUCGUCCCACUCCAAGAUGCUGUGGAGCAGGCGGCCACCUACCUGGGCCUCGGCAGCAGCAGCAGCGGUGCUUCAGAGGGCACCGGCAAGUAAAGACCCUGUCCAUGCCCCCACCACACCUCGCCGUACCACCUCCCUGCUGCCUGCCACAGGACACCACAACUCCAGCAGUAAACUCAGAUCAACCCCCUCUUUUUUUUUUUUUUUUUUUUUUUUUUUUCCCCUUGCGUGUUUGGACAGAGACACAGAUUUAAAAAAAAAAAAAAAAAAAAACUUUCUCUUUCUCCAGGCUUCCACAGCAAGAGGGGAGUCUUUUCAGUCUUUUCAACCAGUAGCCUCUGGAUAACACUGUUUUGUGGCAGUCAGAAGAGACUAAUCUUAAUGUUGAUUUCAAUCUGUGAAUUGUUUGUGUCUUUGUGUGUAUUUACCCAUAAAUGUAGAAACGAAUGCAGAAUGGAGAGGCCAGUCUACCCAUGCAUGGUCGUAGUUUUCGGAGGUUAUACUGUAGGUUUGAUCUCGUGCUCGGUGCCAGGUGUUUUUCUGAUUGUGAAGUGCCUGGACACUGUGAGCACUUAGUGCCCUCCCAUUUUUUUUGAUUUGAUUUUUUUUUUUUUUUUUUUUUUUGCCAGCAACAAGCAGCGCUUCUACUAACACCAGAAGUUUGAAACUUGUGUUUCCGCAUGGAUUCCAACACUCGCUCUUUUAGCUCUAGAUGUAGGGAGAGUGAUUGAUCAUUUCAAUGGUGCUCAGGAGGACUCAGUUCAAACUUUUUCAUGUGGUCUAUGCUGGGAGGAGAAACAUGGUGUAAUCAGGUCACGUCACUGCAUGAAGGAAAUCGGCCCACCGUCAAAAGUUUUUCUUCAUGUUUUUUUUAUUUUCUUCUAUUGAUUGAUCACAGUUCUAAAGAUUCUCAUAUGUGGAGUUAUGAUUGUGGGGGGGGGGGGAAAUAAUGUAUUCUGGGCACUGUGUGGUGUAAUUAUGAUUUUACUGUCAGUGAAUGAAGCUAACAUUUAACUGUACAUUUGGCAUUUUGUACCACAGCUUUUGUGAAUUUGAGCUGAAAACUAUGACUGAAAGCAUUUCAGUAUUUGUUGCUGUUUAUAGAAAUUUCUUCAAAUUUAACAUGCAGCAUCUGAUCAUGAUAUAUUUUUUUUUGGUCCCCAUCCCCACCAGAAUGCUCAUUUGGGUUUACAAGCAUUGAAUUUUAGAGUUCUGUUGUGUUUGACCUUUGUUUUUAUGGGAUUUCUGAUCCUUCAGUCCUACAGUAUAAACAGGACUGGCUGUUGCAGUGCACCCACAUAGCCCAACCACACUGCUCUACAAAGAAGUCACAUGGAGAAAAGUUUGUUUUGGUCUAACCUUAUUUUAUAUAUCUUGCUUUUUUUUUUUUUUUAUUGUCACAGAGUCAGAUUUCUGCCAGGCCAAAUUUCCCUCUAUUGCAAAGACACUGUAGGUUAAACUGAAUUGGGCUGCUCACCCAAAUAUUCACUGGAGGUGAUGUUGGAGGUGGUAGGUUUCCUCGGGGGUUUGUUUCUAUUUUGAUAUUUUUCUAAAGUGGCGUGUUCAACUUUUUUAUACCACAUUUAAAGCUGACAUUUUAAAAGCAAUAUGUAAAACAUGCAAGUAAUACUGUAUCUUAAUCUGAAACCUUGCUAAUUUAACAAGAGAUCCAUCAUCAGGCAGCUCCCCCACAACGGACAGAAACCACAGGGGUUAUGUGGGUAAGGAUUUUUAAUCUGUUUAUUUAUGAUAAUGUAGGCAGUGUAUCAUGAAAUAAACGUGGUUGUCACACCAUA